AUGACUGUUGAUGCUGAAGGGAAUAAGAUAGUUGUUUGUGACAAUGGUACAGGAUUUGUAAAAUGUGGAUACGCUGGAGCCACCUUCCCCGAAUUUAUUUUCCCAUCACUCAUAGGGAGACCAAUAUUGCGCGCAACUUCUCGCGUGGGCAAUUUGGAAGUUCAGGAUCUUAUGAUAGGUGAUGAAGCAAGUGAAUUAAGACAAAUGUUGGAAUUAAGUUAUCCACUGGAGAACGGCAUUGUUAGAAAUUGGGACGAUAUGAUCCAUUUAUAUGAUUACAUAUUCGGUCCAAAAAAGAUGAACAUUGAUCCCAAACAUGCAAAGAUUUUGUUAACAGAGCCUCCUCUCAAUCCAUUGCGUAACAGAGAGAAAAUGGUCGAAGUUAUGUUUGAAAAAUAUGGCUUUAAUGCACUAUUCAUUGCCAUCCAAGCGACAUUGACUCUUUACGCCCAAGGUCUCAUGACUGGGGUUGUCGUUGAUUCGGGUGACGGCGUUACUCACAUAUGCCCAGUUUACGAUGGACUCUCUUUGCCGCAUUUAACAAGACGUUUGAACGUCGCCGGUCGCGACAUAACACGCUACCUUAUUAAACUCUUGUUACUGCGUGGUUAUGCAUUCAAUCAAACAGCAGAUUUUGAAACAAUCCGCCAAAUGAAAGAGAAGUUAUGUUAUGUGGCGUACGACGUGGAGCAGGAGCAAAAUCUAGCUCUAGAUACAACAGUUUUGGUGAAAAAAUACACGUUACCUGAUGGACGUGUUAUCAAAGUAGGUGGUGAGCUAUUCGGUGCACCAGAAGCUCUCUUUCAGCCUCAUCUAAUCGAUCGUGAAGGUGUCGGUAUAUCAGAAUUAUUAUUUAAUACAAUCCAAGCUGCUGAUAUUGAUACAAGACCAGCAUUCUACAAGCAUAUAGUAUUAAGUGGUGGGAGUACAAUGUAUCCUGGUUUGCCAAGUCGUCUUGAACGUGAAAUUAAACAGUUAUAUUUACAAAAUGUACUGAAAGGUGAUACAGAAAGAUUUGCAAAAUUCAAGAUGUGCAUCGAAGCCCCACCUCAAAGGAAACAUAUGGUAUUUAUAGGUGGAUCAGUGUUGGCGAAUAUUAUGAAAAAUGACCGACGUACCACAUGGUUAACUCGUGCUGAAUACGAAGAAAAAGGCUUAAAAAUAUUAGAAAGACUAAACUACUAUAAAUAA